GCCAUGUCCACCUCUACCACCACCACCAAAACCAUGUCCACCCACACCCACUUGUCCACCACCAUAUUGUCCUCCUCCACCACCCCCGCCUCCAUGCCCGGAACCUCCACCGCCAGUGUGUCCACCUCCAGUCCCACCUCCAGCUCCAGCUCCAGUUCCAACUCUAGUUCCACCUGCACUUCCACGACCACCAACACUUCCAUUACCACCAAAACCUGUUCCAUAUGCGGUAGUCCGCACAACUCCGCCACCAUCUGAUUGUAUCCUUUCUGUGCUUAGAAACUAUAAUUUGCAUGACCUAGCAGAUAUAUUAUUGCAAAGAUCCAGGAAAGCUUACUAUUUGGCUCUUAUGCACAAAACCAAAUUAGUGACGACUGAUGUUAAAAAGUGCGCAAAAUGCGGCGGACCAAAACCCUCGGGAUAUGCAGAUGGCAGUAUGGACGGAGCAUAUUAUAGGGAUAGAAUGUAUUCCACAAAAAUAGUACAACGAAGUGGAAGGAGUAAACGUGAAAUGAAGCUUGUUGUAAAUGAUACUUGCAACAGUAAAUAUCUGAUGGAAAUUAUGGACCAGAAUUUAUCAACCAAUUUGGCACUUUCAAAACAAUUGAUUCAGAAAUCUGCCGAACAGAAGUUAAAACGUGAUUUCAACGUGAUUUGCACUGAUAAUUCAUUUACAUUUAUCGUACAUGCUACUACAUACUGCCAAAUAGUUAAAUUUAGUGUUUCAUGCUAUGCUUUUUCCGUUUAUUAAAUCUUAAUGAAGCAUUUUCCAUAUCAGUUUAUAACAGAGGUAUAAUCGAAAACACUAUGAGCAAUAAAUGAUAUACACUGAUAAGAUAUCUACCAUUUUACAGUAGUGAUACAUUUUUUUUAUUAGUUCGAAAUUUCAAAUAAAAUACUUUUUUU